CUCACUCACUCGCCCACAGCCCCACGCACACUCAAAUGACACUACGAGAUUUCUCACUCCCCGUUCGCUGCCCUUCGUGCCGCGCGCUCUCCCCAGCAUCACAGAAGGACAGAGGACCCUGCAGUACAAGAGUGAUGUCCUUGAGACAGUUGUGUUGGUGAACCCGUCAGAGGAAACUACUGCUUCAGAGAUCCGUUCUCUGGUCACUGACUCUGCUGGACACAAGCUACUAGUCCUAAGUGGCCAGAGCUCUGAGCAGGGAGGUGACAUCACACUGCAGGGUGGAGCCUUCACCUGGAGACACUUCUCUGACAUCAUCUCUGAUCCUGGAGUGACUGAGGUCCUGUCCAACUCAUCAUCGGACCAGCGGCCCAGGCUAACAGUAUCGUGCCUGGGAGACGGGGGCUGGAGCUCACUGGGCCACAGCCAGGAGCAGCAGCACCUCCAGAACCUUCUGGAAUACCGCCUAAACCCUGAGCCCACGCUUCCCGACAUGGAGGGAGUCGCGGAGUUCACAGAGUACGUCUCGGAGACGGUGGACGUCCCGUCGCCCUUUGACAACCUGGAACCGCCCACCUCGGGUGGUUUCCUGAAGCUAUCCAAGCCCUGCUGCUACAUCUUCCCUGGAGGGAGGGGUGACUCUGCCCUGUUCGCCGUGAACGGAUUCAACAUCCUGGUGGAUGGAGGGUCCGAACGCAGGUCCUGUUUCUGGAAGCUGGUCAGGCACUUGGACAGGAUAGACUCAGUCCUGCUGACCCACAUUGGGGCGGACAACCUCCCAGGCAUCAACGGGCUGCUCCAGAGGAAGAUUGCUGAGCAGGAGGAGGAGCAGUCCCAGGGAUCUGGCGGCUCCAACACAUACGGUGACUGGAUGAAGAACCUGAUCUCGCCUGAGCUCGGUGUGGUGUUCUUCAACGUCCCCGAGAAGCUACGAAUGCCUGAGUCCACGCUAAAGGUCAAACGGAGCAUUGAGGAGGCAUCCCUCACACUGCAGUAUCUCAACAAGCUUGGCAUCAAGUCAGAACCUCUUUACAGGGUCGUUAGCAACACCAUUGAGCCCAUCACGCUUUUCCACAAGCUGGGCGUUGGCAAGCUAGACAUGUACAUUCUGAACCCUGUGAAGGAAAGCAAGGAGAUGCAGUUCCUUAUGCAGAAGUGGGCUGGGAACAGUAAGGCCAAGACUGGGAUUGUGAUGUCCAAUGGAAAAGAAGGAGAAAUAUCCGUCCCUUACUUGACCUCAGUAACAGCUCUUAUCGUAUGGAUCCCACAUAGUCCAACAGAGAAGAUAGUCAGGGUGCUGUUCCCUGGAAAUGCACCGCAGAACAAAAUCUUGGAGGGGCUUGAAAAGCUGAAGCACCUGGACUUCCUGCGCUACCCAGUAGCCACUCAGAAAGACAUAUCCUCUGGGGCCCCGCCUCCAAUCAUAAAACAAACAAAGAUGAGAUCAAGAACAGAAAGCAAGGAGAGCCUGAAAUCUUCCACCAAAACACAGUUGGCCUCAAAAGCCAGCAAGAAGGAAGCUAAAGGGCUGGAAGAGGAGUCCAAGAAUGACUCGGCUAAAGAGAACAAAAUUGAAAAGAGAGAGGAGAAGAAGGAGAAGAAGGUGAAGAGUGAGAGCGCCAAAGCUACCAAAGCCACCACCAAACAACAACAAAACAGUGAGGCAGCACCCGAAGCAGCCAAACUGGAGAGAAAGAAGCUGUCCAAGGAGAAAACACUGAGGAAACACUCCAAGGAACGACCAUCUAAGAUGGAGGAGAAAAAGGACAAAGAGAAGAAAGAGAUCAGUAAAGUAAAGAAAGAGGACAACAAACGUGAAGUGAAGAAAGAUGAUACUGCUAAAAAAGAGGAGAAAAAAGAAACAAAAGCAGUGAAGGAGGAGAAAAAGAAGGAUCUGAGUAAGCCAGAGCUGAGGAAGAUCACCAAACCAGACCUGAAACCCUUUACCCCAGAAGUCAGGAAAACCCUCCAUAAGGCAAACAAGACACAGGCCAAACCCAAGACGGACAAGACUGACAAAAACAUAACAGCCAAACCGGUCAAAGAGAAAACAGCCGAGAAAAAGUCUGUCCCAAAGAAAGCCCCCCCAAAAUCCGCUGCUGCUUUGGCAGACGGGUCCGUUGUAUCCUCUCCAGAAGACCUCACCAAGGACUUCGAAGCUUUAAAACGAGAUGAGCUCUCGAAGCUAGGGAGUGAACCCAUUCAGAAUGAUGUCAUGUCUGGAUGUCCAGCUUUCACAGACUCCAAACUCCCUGAUGAGGGAAUAACAACUAAAUCCCCAGCCAAUCUUGGAGAGAAGUUUGAGGAUGAGGGUGCUGACAUGGAUGAUGGUGAUGAUGAUGGGGAGGAGUACAAAAAAGAGAGUGAUGUACUAAAGAAAGGUGCAGAUGUCGGGAAAUGGCAGGACAUUAAAAGAAAUGCUGGCAUGGAUAGGAAAUAUGAGGAUGAAAUGGAGAAAUACGACGACGACUACUCUACUAAGGGAGACAUGAAUUCGAAGAAGAGUGUCAGCUCAGAAGAGGAGGGUGACGUUAUCGAAAAAGCAGAUCUGGAGGGAAUUGAGGAUUAUGAGGAUAAAUACAACUCAGAAAAAGAUAAAAAAGAAUGGGACACCAAGUCAACUGACUUUAAAUCGUUUUCAACCGCAGUCGCCUCUGGACAAACCACUACCGCUGCCUCUGAGCAAGUGUCCUUCAUCCAAGAUGAGACUAUUCCCGCUUAUUCCGAAACGGAGCAGACCAUCUCCGAUGAGGAGAUCCAUGAAGAACCCGAGGACAGGAUCCCACACCUCCGCUACGACGUUGCUUCCUGCGACAUCACUGUUCCCGACGUUCCAGGAUCCUUUGACUCUGUGUAUGGUGUUAGGGAGAUGAGAGCCUCGGCUACGUCUGACGCCUCAGACUUCAAAGCCAAAGGCUUUGUGGGAAGACAUGACCCAGUGUUGGCAGCCUAUCCAAGCAUCAUCACAGCUCCGCUCGCCGAGGAAGAGCACAUCUCCUCAGCCACGUCCAUCACAGAGUACGACAAACUGUCCUCGUUCGCCACUUCCAUGGCGGACGACCAGUCCAUCGCAUCUGUGACCGCCCCGCAGACAGAGACAGAGACAGGGAGGAGCUCUCUUCACCUGGACACGGUCAAUAGCAUCCCCUACCGCACCGAGGCCACCCACGGGAAGGACUACCUCCACUCGGCUGGAACCAUCUCUCCCACCUCCUCCCUGGAGGAGGACAAGAACUUCAGUUCUCCUCCUUCAAAGGAGUACCAGCCUUUUGUUACCGAGAUGGAGGCUGGGAGGAAGACCAAACCCGUCCAUGAGGAGUAUGACGAAGAGGAGGAUGAAGACGAGGACCAGACUCCCAACGUUGAUAUCCCCUUGGGGAAACUCCAAGAGGGCUACGAGCAGGCGACGGCAGCCAUGUUGCUCCAGGACAAGGAUAAAUCCCCCUCCACUGCCUUUGCACCUCCCUCUCCUCCCUCUUUCUCCAGCGGGUUUAAGCCUAGUUCCAUGUUUGAAGGUGAAGAGAGAUGUCUUAGCCCAGGCGACAGCACCGUGAAGCUGGCCUCACUCACCCAGUCGGUCCCCAUCAGCAGUGGCUACUCCCCCACAGAGGAGAAGAAAAACAACAAAAUGGACAAAACUGAAACUGAGCUCCAGAAAAUGGGGCUUUCUGGUGACAAGACCCCCUUUGAAGAAUCAGAUGAGGAUGAUGAUGAUGACUAUUAUGAGAAAAGGGAUCUCAAACCCUGUGUUAAAGCUAAGUAUUUGGAACAGAAGGAGGGUAGGUUCUUGGACGAUGAAUCACCUCAAGAAGAGAAGCUAUCUGAGAGGGACAAAGGACUUGCAGAGGAUGACAUCAAGUCCAAGUAUCUGCAGAAUAAACCGGGGUCGACAGACGAGACACAGUUCUCUGGUUACAUGGAGCAAACAACCAAACCCCAGAUCAUGCACUCCGAUGAGCAAGACGAGGUGGAGGAAGAUGAUGUUGUUCAACCAAGUGGAACAGGGUCUAGAGCUUUAUCAGUAGAGCAAAGUAAAUUGCACUCUGAAGAUGACAAAAAGGAUGCAGCAUUAUCCAGAAAAAAGGACCAUGUAACUUUGAAAGAGCCAGAGAAAAGUGUCCAGUUCAAUCUGUAUGACUUCCCGGAGCGAGAGAGUAGAGAGAAACGCUCAGAAGAAGAAAUAAGACAGGACACCCCAUAUGUACACGGCAAGACUUUCUCUUACAGUGAUAUCUAUGACAACAAAAGCAGUUAUCAGAAGGACCAGUCAGAAAAAAUGGGGAAGGACAGUAUGAAGGAGACAGACACACAGAAAAAGGACUCCGCUUUCCCCUCAGACAAGGAGGGUUUCACUAGCUCUCAUGGAAAAGAUGUAUCUUCCUCCUCCUCUUCCUCUUCCCCCUUUCCAUGGCUCCAUGGCUCUGAAUCUAUAGAGAAGAUAAGUGAGCCACGUGGAUACAGCAGAGAGAGCAGAUUCCCAUCAAUGGCUGAUAGACCAGAGGCUUCAACCACAUCCUUAUCAUCAGAGAGAGACUCCUCCCCUUAUAAAGUUCACAGUGAUUACACCUCUGUAACAGGUAGUGCUGCAGCCAAACCCUCUUCAAUGAGCUACCAUGACAAAGAGGUGGAACUGGAGAUAGACAUGAGGAAGCUAACAGCCAGGGAUGAGGAAGACUACGAUGAUUAUGAUGAUGAAGAUGAUGAAGAAGAGGAUGAGGACGAUGAAGAGGAGGAUGCUAUUGACUCAGACAUGGAGAAAGGUGCCAAAGAGAAAUCGGAAAAGGAAGUCAAAUGUCCAUUCAUCGAUGGUGUGAACUCAAAACAGCCCCAGUUUAUGGUUUCCAUGGCUGGCUACGGUUACAACAGCCAGACAAAGCCGACUUCACCAGACAGCAUGAGCACAGAAGAGCCAGAGUUUAUGGUUUCCAUGGCCGGCUAUGGUUACAACAGUCAGGCAAAACCGACUUCACCAGACUGUGUGAGCUCAAAAGAGACAGAUUUCACAGACUCCAAACUCCCUGAUGAGGGGAUAACAACUAAAUCCCCAGCCAAACUUGGAGAGACGUUUGAGGACGAGGGUGCCGACAUGGAUGAUGAUGAUGACGAUGAUGAUGAUGACGAUGAUAAGGAGGAGUACAACAAAGAGAGAGAUGUACUAAAGAAAUGUGCAGAUGGUUACAAUAGUCAGGCAAAGCCGACUUCACCAGACCGCUUGAGCUCGAAAGAGCCAGAGUUUAUGGUUUCCAUGGCCGGCUAUGGUUACAACAGCCAGGCAAAGCUGACUUCACCAGACGGCAUGAGCUCAAAAGAGACAGAUUUCACAGACUCCAAACUCCCUGAUGAGGGGAUAACAACUAAAUCCCCAGCCAAACUUGGAGAGAAGUCUGAGGACGAGGGUGCCGACAUGGAUGAUGAUGACGAUGAUGACGAUGAUGAGGAGUACAACAAAGAGCGGGACACACACAGCCAGGCAAAGCCGAUUUCACCAGACGGCAUGAGCUCGAAUGAGCCAGAGUUGAUGGUUUCCAUGGCGGGCUACGGUUACAACAGCCAGGCGAAGCCGACUACGCCACCUUCUUCCACCACCUGCAAAGGUGACAUGGGCGCCACAGCGUUCUCUGGGUACUCCUCUGGGUUUGAUAAUUCUUACGGUGGGGAGAAAGACACAUUUCAGUCCAGCCAGAUGAAGGACAAAGAGGGAAAAGAUGACUAUUUCCACAGUGAGAGAGCUGAUGGUGGUAAGAAAACAGGAGACACAGUAGGAGUCUCAUCAGGCUUCCACUACACCACCACCUCUGCCACGGCAUAUUCAUCCUCCUCUUCCUACAGCUACUCCUCCUCUACGUCCGGUCCGUCACUCUCCACCAGCCGGCAGUUUGGCGAGGAGCUGGAGACCCCAGCCAACGCCUCCGACCACAUCUUCAAAAAUGAUACAGACAGUGCCGGCUUCGAGUACUCCUCCUUUAAAGAUGAACACGGCUCCUUUAAAGAUGAACAUGCCUCCUUUAAAGUUGAACACGCCUCCUUUAAAGAUGAACACACCUCCUUUAAAGAUGAACACGCCUCCUUUAAAGACAAACACGCUUCCUUUAAAGAUGAACACUCCUCUUUUAAAGAGGAACGCUCCCUGGCCAUGGACUCCUCCCCCUUUUCCAGUUCCUGCGGGAUGGUUAAGAACGAGUACCUGGAGGUUUCGGAGAAGCAGAUGACGAUGGCCACCACCACCACCGCAGGAUCCACCUCCAGUCUGGCCCGCUUCUCUCCUCACAGCCCCUUUGAGGAGAUCAAACCUUUCCACUCACACUCCUCCGCUUCCUCCUCGGAAGACAAAAAGGAGCAUGUUGCCUCGAUGGAAGGAAGUGUUGUGAACAAAAGCCCCCAGUCGGACUGCUUCUAUAAACCGGAAUGGGCGGAUGAGUCCAAGCUGCAGGCUGCAGGGGGUUAUGGGCCUUUCUCCCAGUCACCCAAGGAGAAGGAUGCCAUCGCUAUGGGUUUGUUUGGUAUCACCUCGUCCCCAAGGCCCGACUCAACAGGCAAGCAUUACUUUGAAAACUCUGACAGUACUGAGGAAGAGGAUGACGAGGAAGGUUACAUGCGUGAGAUGGGCCUGUCCUUCUCCGAAAAACACGGCAGCAGCACCACCACCUCAGGUAAGAUAGAUGGCGCUGGUCUCCCUGAUGUGCUCACCUCGUACAUACCCUCCUCUCUGCUGCCCACCAAGCCAGACACAGUCAAUGGUCCCAUGGAGGUCAGCAGCAUGAGCUCCCCCAUCAGUGCAGGGCCGGCAGCCAGCUGCGUGAGCCCAGGUCUGGGUACAGCUGAGGAGAAAAAGGUGAGGGGCUCCUAUGAGUGGAACAUGCAGAAGCCCCAGAUGGACAUGGUUCCUGGCGACUCCCCGCCUCAUUACCGCCACGAGGACGAGUUUGAGGAGGAAUGCGAAAUGGAACCAGAGUGCCCCGCCCGCCCGCUCUCCCUCUCCUCCACUGAUCACACCUUCGGCUCCCCUUUCUACACGGAGGCGUCGUGCCGAGGAGAAGCAGGAGGAAGAGAUGAUGAUGAUGACAGCGACCUGGACCUCCCUCCUGAAAUGGGCGCCUCCUCCUCCACGUCCUCCUCCAAAGCCUCCCCUGGCUACUCCUCCUCAGAACACAGGCACCGCAAGGGAGACCUCUCGCCCUCCUUCAUCAAUCCCAGUAUGCAACAGCAGUCCAGCGAUGAGGAGGACGAGGAGCGGGGACGCAGGAGCGACCAAUCGCAGGAAGGGGACGAACAUGACCUGUCAGUCAAGAAGAGAGCAAACAAACAGCCCCACCACCCCCACUUUCAGGGUGGCUCGUUCCCCCACGCUGGGACGGCUGGGCUGGGGUUAGCCAGAGAAGACACCCCCCCAACCUCCAUCAGCGAGUCUAUACCUUCGCAGUCAGAUUCAGACGUUCCCCCAGGGACAAAGGAGUGCCCCUUCAUCACGGGCAACAGCAACAUGGACUCUGAUGAGGACACUGAGUACCUGCCUGUGGAUAAGUUCUCCACCAUGGGAGGGGGCCACCAUCACUCCUCUUCCUCCUCCUCCUCCAGGAUUAGCCCCCGGGAUCCCCCUCCCGCCCCCCUCAUGGACCCCUUCCCCAACCCCCCUCACCCCGACGUCUGCAUGGUGGACCCCGACGCUCUGGCCAAUGACCAGAACCGGGCAACCUCAGAGUCGCCCCUCAAGAAGGACCCCAAGACGAAAGGCGUGCGGAAGACAGGGAAACCCAAGUCGGCAUCUCCGGCUCGCCGCAAGCGGUCCCCCAUGCCAGUGAAGCAGUUGCCAUCCCCUCGCAGCGCCUCGCUGAAGAAGAAGGAGACAGAGAAGAGCUUGAGGAUGUCCCAUCUGUCAGACGGACAGGGCUCCAGAGACGAUGACCUCUCCAGGUCCAGCUACAACGCCGGCAGGGUGGCCAACGGAGUUAAGAGCACCUCAGGCUCUCAGAGGUCCAGUUCCGUGGUUCCCCAAGGCCCUCCUAUCUACGUAGACUUGGCCUACAUCCCCAACCACUGCAGUUCUAAGAACGUGGACCAGGAGUUCUUCAAACGUGUCCGCUCUGCAUACUACGUGGUGAGCGGGAACGAUGUGGGCAAUGACGAGCCCAGCAGAGUGGUCCUGGAUGCUCUACUGGAGGGCAAAGCCCAGUGGGGAUCCAACCUACAGGUGACGUUGAUUCCCACCCAUGACACAGAUGUGACUCGGGAGUGGUACCAGCAAACCCAUGAACGGCAACAGGAGCUAAACAUCAUGGUCCUGGCCUCCAGCAGCACCGUGGUCAUGCAGGAUGAGUCUUUCCCCGCCUGCAAGAUCGAAUUUUAAGCCCCACCCCCCUCUCUUCCCCUCUGUAAUGGGACAACACACAGCUCCCCUGGUUCAGUCUGUCUGUUUAAAUAUUUUACAUCUGCCUUUCCUUUGGAUUUAUUUCUUACAGUAAAACAUAACAGUACAUCUCAAAUUACACCCUAUUGGUCUUAUUAGCUACCAUCUCUUGUCUAAAGUAGAGCACUGGGCUGUAUGUGGAGUAGGGUGUCAUUUUAGACACAGAGAUAUUCAACAACCACACGUUUGAUUAUGGUUAGUGUCAUUGUUUGUAUUAUAAAGGUGCUCUUCAGACUAUAACACUCCUCUAUUAUAAUUAUAAGGUUUAUUCAAGGAAACAAGUAUGGUUGUGCAUACGGUAGAAAUCCAGGCAAAAUGUCCAGGCAAUGGUUACUGUUUCCUUCAAGUUAAGACAGAUUUUCUUCUAAUAGGCAUAACUCAUGCACAAGUAUGCCCUAUUAUAAUGUUAGAGUCAUCACAACAACAACAGACUUAAUCUUUGUUUAAAGAAGUUACAACACCAAAACACAUUUUGUACUUUAGUGUUUAUAUGUUUUGUAGAACUGAAUACACCAUGCUAAUGCCAAUGGUACUUUUCUCAUCCACGUGCCACUCAUUGAACUUUGUGCCUAAUAUUGACACAUUGACAUAGAUGAUAUUCUAAGUAGAUUGUCUCUAAGAGUCUUUUAGAUGUCGAAUAAUUAUGUUUGUAGUAGAAUAGGGUGGAAAAAACAAAUCGAGUCAUACUCAAAGGUUUUGUGUGACAUUCAGUUUUCAUGUCAUUUCUGCCAUUCAGUUUUCAUGUCAUUUCUGCCAUUCAGUUUUCAUGUAAUUUCUGCCAUUCAGUUUUCAUGUCAUUUCUUCAAGGUGAAAUUCACUUUUAAUGGAUUUCUCAAGCGCCAUACUGCGUACAGUAAAUCCUAACUAUCAGUGUUGUCUGGUUGUAAAGUGAAGUCUUUUGAGAAUGUUCCCAGCCAGAACACAUCCAGAUCUGUUGAACAGGGCUGGUGUAUAUUGUACAAUAUACAACAUGCACAGUAGAUUACCCUUGCAUUUAUUUUCCAGGCUUGCAUCCACAAACAUAUCGUGGAUCCAGCCAACGUAUGCUAUUGUGUGAAAGGAAAGGAGAAUACUCUCAUUGCAACAUUUUAAUGACUGUAUGUCAGGUUGCUACAUUCAAUGUACUACUUCCUCGUCAUAGCAUUUAUACGCAUGUAUAACAUACUGUAAGCAUUACACAUUGGCUUGGAAUAGUGUGGCUUAUUAAAUGACAAAUAGCUUAAGCAGCUUGUUUGUGUUCAUGAACUCAUUGAUAGAAAGGAGGCUGUCAGGUUAAAAGAUGUUACGCAACUUAAAGACAAUAACCCUCCGCUAUUUAACUGCAGAGCUACAGAGCAACACUGUCUGUGAACUGGAGUAGGUCCACACUUUGGGAAGGUAUCACAGAUCAUAUGAUUAUUCUCACAUUUAGUAUUGACCCUUUAAGAGACAUGGGUGUGAUUUGGGAUUUGUGUAAGGUGAAGAUAGUGUAGACUAGUGGUAUGUACUCCAGCUAUGACCAUCAUGGUAUCGUCCCAAAUGGCACCCUAUUCCCUAUGUAGUGUACUUCUUUUGACCAGAGCCUUAUGGUAGUGCACUGCAUAGGGAAUAGGGUGCCAUUUGGAGCAGUCAUACCUAACCUGGUUAUGACUACAGCAAUAGGACCAUGUGGUUGUGAGCUCAUGGCCCAUCACCUGUACAGGGUAAUAGUUUGAUUGAGUGUCUGAAGACUUGUCUGUGAGGUGUUUGCGCCGUGCAUUAAGACCACGUUGAUGAAACGUUGAUGAACAUUGUGGGGCGGUUCCAUAGAUGAUAGAGGUUUGACUGUCACCCACAUGUGCCUUUCUGUCCUGUCGUGUGUUCAAGGAAGACUCGGAUGCUUGCUUGAAAUGGCCCUUGUGGCAAAGCCAUAGAUAUUCAGUGUUCGGCAAACACCGUUUCAGUCUCAGAAUUUGAACGGACGCCAUGUUGGCACUGAAAGCUUCAAGAUGCAGAUUAGAAUGUUCUCAUAAUGGCAUGUUUGGUGCAGACAUGGAGGAUGGGUUGCCAUGGUAAAGUAGUGGCUAGGUGGGCAGGUCAGUGUUGUAGUAUGAUCACUAAACUAAAAGCAAAGGUCCAAAAAUAUGAUUUGCACAUCCUACUAAGCAAACUAACAUGGUUCGUUUACCAGUCAGUGAUCACAGGGUCUGAUAUUCUCUGUCGGCGAUAGUGAACAUGAAGCACAAAUGAUCAAACAACUUAAGAACCAACUGUGAUCAAACCCUUAUUCUAAGAACUUUUAGGCCUACUCAUAUGAAAAUACUUUAAUUUGGGAUUUCUACCAAUUGUGUUUAUGUUCUUUAACACAAAAGCAGUCAUUCUUAAAUCAGAAAAAGAGAGCUUUGUUGGAAAUGUUAACUCACAGACAGACGUGUUAUUUCCUAUUGAGUUGUAUUAUUUUCUUAAUCCUUAUGAUGCCCAUGGAAAGGGAAAUAGGUGUUCUGCUCUAGGGCUGUUGUAGAACCGUUAACUUUGGGACCAGAGGCCAAAAGGUUUUUGCUCUACCACAAUCACCUUGACUCAAUGCCUUGGAAUGUUUUUUAAAGACAAAAUGUACAAUUUGCUUUUGAUUUUAUGUGAUUAUAGUCAGUGUGUCUAGAAUGUAAUUUUCAGUGUUAUUUAAGAUGGGUUUUAAUUUGUGUGCACAGUUUAAUUGUAUCCUUUAAUCUUACUGUGAAUUGGGACUAAGUAGAUUGUUAGAAAUUUAACUGUUAGAAAACGAGACAUGUUUUAAUUCCAUUUUAUUACAUCAAUGACAUUGAGUUUGAGGCUUACAAAGAACAAAUUAUAACAUGCUUUGUUCGAGGGUCUAGACAAAUUGUACCAUUGCGCAAUCUUUGAGGCCAAUCAGAAUAUUCAGCAAUGUAUUCCAGUUUUUCUGAGACACAUAUGGCACACACACGUAAGUAAUAUCAUAGAGACAAAGAAAAUAGAAUGAAUUGUCAAAUGCUUUCAGUAAACAUGCUUUGAAUCCUGCAAUGUCUUUUUCUUCUCGUUGCCGAUGCUCAAAUGUACCGGACCAUGUAGAUUAUCAGAGAGAGUAGUUCUGAGACAGAACUGCUCUGUCUGUUAACCAGGCUGCGAUAACAAUACUGAGAGGUUUAACCAGGCUAGUUCCGAGACAGAACUGCUCUGUCUGUUAACCAGGCUGCGAUAACAAUACUGAGAGGUUUAACCAGGCUAGUUCUGAGACAGAACUGCUCUGUCUGUUAACCAGGCUGCGAUAACAAUACUGAGAGGUUUAACCAGGCUAGUUCUGAGACAGAACUGCUCUGUCUGUUAACCAGGCUGCGAUAACAAUACUGAGAGGUUUAACCAGGCUAGUUCUGAGACAGAACUGCUCUGUCUGUUAACCAGGCUGCGAUAACAAUACUGAGAGCAGCGUUCAGUCUGGUUUAACCAGGCUAGUUCUGAGUGAUCCAGCUGAUCCGAAUGUGAAGAAGCAGAUUAACCUUUACGUUCUCCGUGGAGGACAUUGAUAUCUUGGUUGCCUUGGUGAUAUACUAGUUAGUAGUUGUAUAUAUUUCUGCUCCAUCAACUCAAAAGGCUUGUCAGUCAAAGUCACUGUCUCCUCUAUUGUGUGUGAAUACAGUGCAUAUCAAACUUAUUUUUAGGGCAGAAUGUCUGUUAUUUUAUUUCCUUACUCUUGUCUGAAGUCUGUCUAUUUCUAAUGGUUGCCCUGAGAAACGAGUGGAAUUAAUUAGUCAGCGAUUGAUUAAAGAAAGCUGGACAAGUUCUACAUUUUCAGAGACUGAUUUUUGACCGUACAGGUAACUGUCUUACUAACAGUCAAAGGCAAACUAACAUGCCUGCUAUAUUGUUUAGCUGAGAGAACAUUCUGUAUAACAAAUAUUGGAUCAUUUUCCAGUGCUUGCAAUUGGCUUUCAUGUAGAGAAUGGGAUUCAGAACAACAGUAUCCCUUUAUAUCUCUAUGAGAAGACGCUCAAUCUUCUUGUGCUGUAAUUUAACCAGUUUUCCUGUGGUCUUUGACUUCAAGGUUGUCUUAACAGAGACAUCAACUGUUAACUCAUGUCAGUGUCAUUCUGAAGACUAGAAUUAACAUUGUAUUCAUAGACAUACACAAACCACAACACACAAAACUGACUGCCAGAUAGUGACUCGGAUCACUAUAUCAAUACAUUUUAUAUCUAGGGUAUUUAUAAUGGUUCACACAGUGAAUUUUUCCAAAUAAAAAAAAACUAACAGAACAAAAACAGUAACAAUGUAUUGUGCAAAAAUAAUAAUUCCGUUGAAUUCUCCAAAACUCCUCAGAAUCCUGAUGUAGAAAAUCCUCAUGAAGAUUGUCCAUCAUUCCAAUAAACUGCUUAUCUGUGCAUGCUACCUUAUUGGUUCUAAUCCUGUAGGUAAUAGUUUAAAAAUGAAUAAAAUAGCCUUUCUAUUUUAAAAGAUGCAUAUUUAAAAAGCUAACUGUGGAUGGUAUGGGGAAGGCUGGUGUAAGGUCGUCGUCUUGCCUCCACUGGCUGUGCUGGAAGGAAGGCGUUGGGAUCGCUUUCCUCUUUCUUUUUGCAAGCUUCAUGACUGUUCUUAAAUCUUUGGUUUUAAGUGCAAUAUACUUCUCUAUCUUUAGGAACAUAGAACUUCAGCAGAUUUAUUGUCAAAGGGGGAAAGUGUGGUGAUCAUCAAUAAAACAUGUAUUGAAGAAUA